AUGGCGUUAGAAUUUGUGCAUUCGUUUUUUCGUACUAUGCAUCGUGAGUGGCAUGGACUUGAUGGUCUUCGUCUUGAUAAAUUUUACUCAUUAGUACGUAAAUUUAUCCACGAGACUAUUGUAUUACUGCGUAUACAAGAUUGGCAAGAAAAGUUGGUGCAAGAGUUUGUCAUGAUUUUAUCUACAGAAGUUGUCAAUCAAUUGCCAAAUGGAUUACGUUUGCAUUUAGCGGAUGUAUACUUGACGGAAGUGUAUACAGCAGCAAAAGAUGUGACAACGAAGGCAUUUGUGAUGCUACUAGAGCCACUUUUCUCUUUAUUAUCGUCUGAGUAUGAUAAAACAGUGUUUAAGCGUGUACGAGAUGUCGUGUUUGAAGAUAUGAUGCAGAAGUACCCAUUUCAAUUGUAUAGUGAUGAUAAAAAGGAGAUGAAUUGCGAGAAAGAAGCAACGGAUGAUGAAGAGGAGACAAUGGUGUUUGAAUGUGUGGACUUAGCACAAGUACAACAUCGUAUCUUUGCUAUUGCAUCAGCAGAUGAUACAAUUGAAUGUAAUCGUGCAGCACUUUACACGUUAUACAAGAAAUACUUUAGUAUUUCACAUGUUGAUUCAUUUCAAUUUCGAAUUGAAGAAUCGAUGAAGAUACAGGAAAAGGAAUAA